AUGUUCCACACCUUCGAAGGCUUCGAGAAUCCUGUGGCAGCAUCGCCUGCCAGAAACCGACCGCCAACGGAACGCCGUGAAUCCGUUAGUAGGCGAGUGACGACACUUCGUGCUUGUACAUCAUGCCGGCAUCGCAAGAUCAAGUGCGACGGUGAGAAGCCAUGUGAAGCCUGUCGCUGGUAUAAGAAGUCCGACCAAUGUCAAUAUUCCGACCCUCGGCCAUCAAGGAGGCAUGUCGAGAAACUGUCGACCACUCUUGAUGAAUAUCGGAACAUUCUGGGGAAGCUGUUCCCAAACAUCGCCCCUGAGUCCCUCGUCAAUCUUCCCCGGGAGAAGCUGAUCGAGUUGACAUCAAGUUACUCCUCUCUAACAGCCAUGGCAUCAACUCAAAGCGUGACUGCACCGCACCCCGCUUCCCCAGCGACCUCUGUUUCUGUCGAGGCACACGUCUCCCCACUCUCAAAUGAAGAUGACAACCUUGAAUCCCUCCAAACCAUGCCAGAAGAGGUAGAGGAUAGCCGUCAUACCAGCUCUAGCGAUCUUGUCGAGGGUGUUUCGGAUGAUGUGAAUGCAUUAUCUCUUUCCGCUAGGCAUCCAUCAUCCUACCUGGGCGUGUCAUCAAUCCAGGCCGUGCUCAAAGUCAUCGUUUGGCUGGACCCAGGGUGUGCUUCAUACUUUGAUAGAACUCCGCCUAUGAGCUCGGGCAGCCAGGCCGCCCAUGCAUUUGACGUGCAGCAGGGGUGGUCACAUCACCCGCCUACCACUCCGCCACAUCCUUUCAUCCCUACUGAGAUGCAGAUGCUGGACUCAUAUUUCUUGUACUUCCAGGCAUUUGCACCACUCAUCGAUGAGCAGCAUUUCCGUGAAACUUAUAUUUCCGGACGACGCAAGGAUGAUCACUGGCUUGCGCUGCUCAACAUUGUCCUGGCUUUGGGAUGUGUGGCUGCUUCUACCCCUGACGACACGACACACCAGACCUACUUCCUCCGUUGCAAAAGCCACCUAAGCCUAAGCUCUCUCGGCAGUUCUCACCUGGAAACUAUCCAGGCUUUUGGUCUUGUCGGUGGGUGGUACUGUCACUAUAUUAGUCAACCCAAUCUCGCAUAUUCUCUGAUGGGCGCCGCGUUGCGAAUGGCCGCAGGACAGGGACUGCACAAGGAAUUUGUCGAGAAUCGGCAAAUACCGACCCCGGCUAGGAUGGCAUCGAUGGAUAUCAAGCGACGUGUCUGGUGGUCCUUAUUUGUCAUGGACACCUGGGGAGGUAUGACCCUUGGCCGACCAAGUAUGGGUCGUUUUGGACCCAACAUUACAGUCAAGCCUCCAAACUGCAGAGAUAAGGAAAACAUUCUGGAAAUUCUCCCGCUUGUUGAAAACAUUCGUUUUUCGAAAAUCGCCACCCAGAUCCAAGAAUCACUUGCUGCGGCUCCGCUCGUCAAACACCAAGAGAUGGCCCAUGCGGAUGUACAGCUCUUGGAAUGGUGGGAUAACUUGCCACCCGUCCUGAAAGAUCACGAACCGUGCAACGAAGCCAUCGCAACUGUCCGCACAGUCAUGCGAUGGCGAUACUACAACCAACGGAUGCUCAUCUACCGACCAACGUUGCUGAGCUAUGCCAUGCGCCGAGUCCCCUACAUCGCCCUCCGCGCCGAGGAGCGAACCGCCAUCGAAAAGUGCCGCGAAGUAGCGGAAAUCUCUAUCCAAAACAUCGCCGCGACGGCUCAACUAAACCAGCUCUGCGGGUGGAAUGCCGUUUGGUGGACAUUCCAGGCCUCCCUUGUCCCGCUAGUCGGCCUCUUCCUCAACGAUCCGACUGCUGACGAUCACCGCGCAAGCAUCGAGUCUUGUCAAGCGCAGGUCGAAAUUGCCUUGGCUACACUGGCCCGAAUGCAAUCCUUCGGACAUACGGCCAAGCGGUCCCUUGAUGCGCUGGCCCGCAUCUAUGAGGCCAGCAAACGCAACCAGGAUCUAUCAUCGGCCACGAGUGCACCCAGUUCCUUCGGUAAUUUCUUCCCAGCUGGCCGAGAUAUGACCAGUAAUAUGUUCUCCACGUCCGACCCAUCAUCGCGUAUGGGGAUCUCAUUGGGCGAGAAUGGUCUCGCAGACCCACUAGCCACCCCCUUUGUGGAUGAUACUGGGCAGUACCUGUGGGAGUAUCUCAGUUGGAGUGAUAACUCGAACCUCUGGCCCGGCUUAUCAGACUUGGAUACACGCAAUGAAGCGAUGGCCUUGUUGACGCCGGAUCACGAGAAGGGCCCGAAGUUUGGGACUCACCCGUAUUUCGAGCCUAUGCCGGAUUCUUACUUUGUCAAUGCGCCACUCUAUUACUGA